UGUUUACUUGUUGACAACCAGUUAAACUAGUUUGCAUACCUAAGCAUUUCAUUGGAAUCCGGGUGCAAAACAAAAUUUGUCAACUAAGAAGCGGUUGCCAAGUAGGGCACCCCUGACGGUUAAUUAUUGGCCGCAGUUCAUCGCUCCAAACAAACAUAAUAUUUCUUCGACUUUCACAACUCUAUAGUAUAUACUAUCUCCGGCCUUCUCUCGGGUCCGCUACAACCAGUGCCUUUCUUCCGCCCGCACUGACCGAACGCAACGCAACCUUCGACUUGAAAAAAAACUGAACAAUUUCGCGCCAACUGAAAUAUCACAAAACUUUUUUUUAUUUGUAUCUCGAUGGUCAGGUGAAUUGUGUUUUGGACUAAUUUUGUGAUUGCGUCAAAGUGGGACGCAGAUAUGGCGCGACAUCAUCUGGUUUGUUUGACGCUGCUGGCUCUUACACAACUGGUGCUGCCCGAACCAACGGCGGCACCGGUGACACCCGACCCGACGCCCGCAGCCGAGCCGGCCACGCCAGCCCCGGCGGCCGAGCCCCGAGCCGAUGAGGCGGUGGACGAGCCCCCUGAGGGAUACUACGCGUUCGUCGAGUCGCCGAACGCCACGCCACCUAGGGUGCGCCCUCCACCAUAUCGGCAGGUGUCAUCAGAGUGCCCCGAAGUGAGCGUGACGAAGCCCCACGUGUCCGCGCACAACCUCUGCGGCGACCUCAACCGCGGCAUCAUCCCGCGCAACCCCAUGGGGCAGAACCCUAAUGGAGAACCCUACCCAUUUGAGUUGCUGCGGAACCAAACACUUCGAUUCCUGUCGCGCACGCUGCCCGUCCUCCGCGCCGAUGACACUCUGCCGCGGGUGGCGCACGUGCCGCACCCCGGCCCAGCGCCCGCGCACUACGAGACCAACAGCCUGGAAGAUCGCGUGAAGCGGUCGAUGCCGGACGAGGUGCCGUCGAACGAGCUGCCGGCGGAGCACCGCGAGGACGCGCGCGAGAGCCGCAAGUUCUGCGACGGCGGCGGCGUGUUCUGCAUGCUGUAUAGAGCCAUCAACGGUGAAAGCAGUUCAGCGGGCGUGGAGCGGCGCGAAGACCCCGGCACGGCGCCACACGCACACGCGCCCGCUUCUACGGCGCCAAGAUAUGAGGGCCCACCUACGCCAUGCCCAGCACGUGUGGAGUACGCCACGCCGGUAUUCGCGCGCAACUACCAAGGCGUGUGGCGCUACGUUGUGCAGAUACCCUACGAGGGCUACUUCACGCAGACCGUGGAGGUUACCAGGUGCAUGCAAUCGCGGUGCCACUACUUGGACGGCGGUUGCCUGUCGUCGCCGCGGUGGGUGUCGCUGUUAGUCGGUGAACUGCACUAUCCCACGCCGCAGCCGACCUCCGCCCGCCCUUACACUGACCAACAGUACCAGGAAUACCAGCAGUACCUGCAGAAGCGCGCCGGCCCCGCUCCCGACGCGGGCGCGACUGCGGGCGCGGCGCCCGGCGACAAACCGCCGCACUGCGACGGCCACGACGAGAUGGGCUGCUUCCAGGUGCGGCUCUACUACGACUGGUUCCUUGUGCCCGGCUCCUGCAAGUGCUGGAGGCCCGACUACUUCGCGCGCUACGUGCGCCGCCGCCACUCCGGCGAGCUCUAACUGCAGCGCUCCUUUCCAACGGUUUAAGCUCCAGCGGCUAUACAUGA